UGUCGAGGCAUCAUCAGAACAAACAGAAACUCGAACGCACUACAUGCACAGAACAAUCAGCAACAAACUACCACGAGCCGCAACCAUCUACAAAAGCUCACCAACCACCACUUACCACAUCGUCAAACCAACAACACGCAAAAUGUCUUUCUUCCCACGAGCAUUCCAAGACGAGUUCGCCACCUUCCAGCCUCUCUUCCGGCUGGCAGAUGACUAUUCUCGACACAUUCAAGACCGCAGUGGCAAUCACUCCAUCACCAAAACCUUCAAGUCCUUUUCUCCCAAGGUCGAUGUGAAGGAGCUGCCACAGAGCUACGAAAUCCACGCGGAGCUGCCUGGUAUCGAACAGAAGAACAUCAACAUCGAGUUCACCGACAGCCAGACUCUCACCAUCAAAGGCCGCACUGAGCAUGUCCGAGAAGAAGGUACUCGUCCCACAGGAUACAUCGAAGCAUCGGCAGAACAAGGCAAGAUCGAGGACGCGAACAAGUCCCACCAGCCUACGGUAGAGGAUGAGGGUGCCUCUAAUGGUGUGCAAAAGGCUGGAAGCGAGAACAAGCAAGUCCAGCAGCACCAGCCACAGCCACCGAAAGAGAAGUACUGGCUCUCUGAACGCUCGGUUGGCGAAUUUGCGAGAACGUUCUCUUUCCCAGCCCGAGUGGAUCAAGAUGCAGUGAAGGCCAGCUUGAAGGAUGGUAUUCUCUCGAUUGUUGUCCCCAAGGCUCCAGCUCCGAGCAGCAAGAAGAUUACUAUCGAGUAGAUUUGAUCUUGAUGGACACUUGUUCGCAGCAGAUGGGUGGAGGAAGUAAUGGUGUGAUGGAUGAAAGAUAAGGGUCGCCGAAAUUCUUCUAGGCACGAAGUGAUGAUUGACGAGCUGUAAUUUUAGUAGCAUAGCGACUUGACAAGAAAUCCAAAAAGCAAUAAUUACGAAUAACUGAUAAUUCCCGCUUACCUGACUUGGCUUUUCUUUUCAUCUUCCUAUUCGAGCAUAGGUGCCCAUCUGCAGCCGUCUCUAUUCUCGCUUGCUGGCCGGUGCCAGGCGUGACAUUGUAGCAUCGCAGGUGGAGUUGUCUUGCCAUACUCGGUAGCGCCAC